UCGAAUCGAGCAGGCUUUGGCGCGAUGCAUCAAACGAUGUUUUUGUUUAAUUCCAACACAGCUUAGGAAGCAAUCACAGAAGCGGAGUGGCAAAAAAUGAAGCCCAGACUUGAACGGUUUGCCAUAGUAAACGGAUACCUGUUGGGAUUUGGAGCCUUGAUGUUCUACUCGGUGGCAAGCUAUUUUGUGAUCGCAAAGAAGCAGUACUGGAAGGAGAUUUUUUUCGAUUUUGAAGGUGGUACGAAUGCAUUAAAUCGAACAAUCAUUGCAAUCGUUCUUUCCAUACCUGCACAGUUUGUUCUGCUAACGGGGCUUCUACACAAACGAGCAUCUUCCAUUAACUGGUAUGGAAUAAUUUGCUUGAUGCAAAUGCUGUUCGCCAUAGUGAUGGCUAUUAAAAUUCCUGGAGGUGAAAAUUUCAUUGUACACAUAGUGCUAAUCUCUGGUUAUAUCGGAAUGUCCUUGAUGACGCUAAGCCUGUUGUUCACCGGUCACGAAAGAAGAUCUUUCGUGAUAGUAGAUCCGUGAUUAUCUGUUCACUUUUUUUGGAGGCCGGUAAAAAUACGUGAAUGCGAAUUAAGCUAUACAUCUAUACUUUUCCGCUCGCUAGCAGUAACGGUGAAUUUAAACUUAAUUUGUCCGUUAUUUUUCGUAAGAAAGCGAACUAGUAGCGCAUCGAAGAGCGCCAAAAAUACG